ACACCAAGACAGUGCGCAGCUAUAGAUGAUAAGGGAUUGAUUUUAUAAAUUGACAGAAGACACUAUGUUUUAAUCCCACAACGAGCAGAACUCUUUCUGUAGGAAACCCCAGUUUUAUGUUUCGACUAGUUAGAGCCACGCGUAAAAUUUGUGUAAAAUGGUGACAGGCGCCUUGGCGACGCUAAUGACCCUCCUGUCGUGGGGUUACUUCGUGAUGACCACCCAGGUCCCCUUCUCCAACUUCUCUGUGGACAAUGAGGUGCGCUCCAGCUUCAUCCAGCGGCGGCUGCGGAGCCAAGAACGCAGGGAGAUGCAGCGAGAGAUCCUCUCCAUCCUGGGGCUGCCGCAUCGGCCGCGGCCGCACGUCCACACCAAACACAACGCCGCCCCGAUGUUCAUGCUGGACCUGUACAAUACAAUCUCUACAGACGCAGAGCCGCCGGGAUAUUCUUACUACAAGCCCGUUUUCCCGACCCAGGUUUCCCCCGUGUUGACCCCACAGGACAGCCGCUUCCUGGAUGACGCAGACACUGUGAUGAGCUUUGUCAAUCUCGUUGGUCAAGAUCAGGCGCUUCUGUACCAGCAGCACGGAAGAGAAUUUCGAUUUGACCUUUCCCGUAUUCCAGAGGGCGAGGCUGUCACAGCGGCAGAGUUCAGGAUUUAUAAAGAUUUCAUACUGGAACACUACGAGAACGAGACAUUCAGAGUCAGCAUGUACCAGGUCCUGCAGGAGCCUCCAAACAAUAAAGUGGAGCUUUUGCUGCUGGACCAGCGAGAAGUGUGGGCUGCAGAGGAGGGCUGGCUGGUCUUUGACCUGACUGACACUAGUAACCUCUGGCUGGCCAACCCUGAGCAGAACCUCGGCCUGUGCCUGGUCCUGGAGGACAGUCACGGCCAGAGGAGGAACCCCCAGCUGGCAGGGCUGGUGACUGGCAGUGGACCUCAGGAUAAACAGCCCUUCAUGGUUGCCUUCUUCAAAGCCAAUGAGGUGCGCUUCCGCAGCGUCCGCUCUGCCCACGGGCACAAGGGGCGCCAGUCUAACCGCUCCAAACCUCAGAGGACUGUCCAAGAUGCACUUAAGGCAGUGGAGGCUGCAACAGAUAAUGGCAUCUCUAAAGAGGGAUGUAAAAAGCACGAGCUGUAUGUCAGUUUCAGAGAUUUGGGAUGGCAGGACUGGAUCAUAGCACCAGAGGGCUACGCAGCGUACUACUGCGAGGGAGAAUGUGCCUUCCCUCUCAACUCCUACAUGAACGCCACCAAUCAUGCUAUUGUGCAAACUCUGGUGCACUUUAUCAACCCUGAUACGGUGCCCAAGCCCUGCUGUGCCCCAACGCAGCUCCAUGGCAUCUCAGUGCUCUACUUUGACGACAGCUCCAACGUCAUCCUCAAGAAGUACCGCAACAUGGUGGUCAGAGCCUGUGGCUGUCACUAACCGCUCAUGUCCCCUCCUGUGAGCUCGGCAAAUCCGGAGGAGGGACGUUUUAAAGAAAGUUGGAAGUGAAUGAACCAGGGACAAAGAUGAUUGACUGGUUGGUCACCAGGGAGCUCCUGCCACAAAAUGAGCUUUAAUCUGGUGUACUGUUUUUAAUGACCAGCAGCUGAGCCUCCCAUGCAGUAUUAACUACCACCACAAUUUCGCAGAGAAAGGCAUUUCUUUUUGUUUUCCUUUCAGCGUAACUAGAAAAAGUGCACUAAAAAGACUCCGAGUAGUGCUAGAAACUGAAAGCAGAAAGUUACUAUUUUCCCUGAUGUGCAACACGUAUCCAUCUGCAGUUGAAUUCUCUUGUGAGGCAUCAGAAGAUAACAUAUUGCCUUGUUGGAAAUGUGCAUUUGGUAACUGAUGUCACAGCUCAUAAAACUUUACAUCUCCAUCUUCCUGUUGAACUACUACACCUUCUCUAUUGGAACAGCUGGAUGCACCCCAUAAGAAAAAAAAGUACUCUUCACUGGUGUUGGACUGGUUGUUCAUGAGGCCCUUUGAACCUGGUCAGGUGUAAGACAUCUAGCAGCUUGUGUGUGUGUGCGCGCAGCUGAUGUAGAGGAUCUCAGUUCUUUCUCGAGAAUGACAGCCCAGACUGUUAAUAACAGUGUGUGGGACUGAAAGGCCUGCCUAUUCGGCCUGGUUUCCUGGUGCAGUCAUAUAUCACCAGUCCUGUGAAAGGCACAUAGUCUGCAAGAUGUCAGUGAUUCGUCUUCAAGAGACGGACAUCAGGGUGUGCACACCAUUGCCCAGACUGCAGCUGCCAUCUGGCGUCAGACCAGAGCUGCAGGUGGGCAAAGGGAAGCUGUAAUUUUAUUUUGUCAGAUUUCAGUAGUUGAAUAAAUGGAAACUAUCAAACAAGAA